AUGGCAGCAAAUGGUGAAAAGGUAUGGAAUAUGGUAUGUAUACAUAAAAUGCCAACAUCACCACCAUCAACAUCACCACCACCAUCAUCAUCAUACUUAUCGGUAAUUUCAAUUUCAACAACAAAUUCGAAUAUACUCAAAUUCGAUAACGCCACAAUGUCAGCCAGUGGACAUAGCACAAUCCAUUUUAUUCAUACUUGGGAUGAUCCAUCAGAGUUUGUCAAUGGUGGAGGUCUAUUUCCAACCCAAUCAUCUAUGAUUAUUGACUUUCCUUUAUACUUUUCUGGAUCAGCUUUUACCUCUUAUGACACAAAAGUACAAGUAAUUGCAUCUCGUGUUCAUACACAAAUUGAACAAAAUGAAAUGUCAUUUUUAAUACCAAGUAUUGUAUCAAUUACUAAUGGUAAAUUAUUGAUUUCUGGUAAUUCUUCUCUUUUAUUCAAUGAAUCAAGUUUAUCAGUAGAAACAACAGAGUUUAUCAUAUUGGGAACUUCAUCAUUAAAUACUAUCAAUUCAAAUAUUUUAUUUAAUACUCAUAUUUUAAACAAAUCCAUGAAUAAAAUAAAUACUAAUUAA